AUACACUUAAUAUUCAUCCACUACCUAUCCUUGUCUUUGCCUAACCACUUCUCUCGAUUUCUUUCCUUGCAAGAAAAGAAACAAAAUUUCCAAGAAAAUUUUCAGAAAUGGAAGCAUUGAAGAUGAAGCAAUUUUUUGCUAUGCUGGUAGUGGCCAUGAUGAUGGCAGCAUCAAGUGUUUCAGCUGCAGAUGCACCAGCUCCAAGUCCAACAUCAGAUGCUACUACUCUCUUUGUCCCAACAAUAAUUGCUUCCUUUGUUGCUCUUGUCUUUGGACUUCUUUUCUAAAUUUAUCAACAAUGAGUAUUUACAAUUACCAUUCUUAUGUACAUUGAUUCCUCACUUUAAUUUUUUUUUUAUGUUCAUAUGGGUUUUUAAUUGGAUUUUGUAAUAUUAUUGUGAUUAUUUGUUAUGAUUAAUGAAUUCAUUCAUGCCCUCUUCUUUGGUUAAA